AUGAGUUCAGUCAUUCAAUCUGACACAAAGUGUUGUACAGCCAAUCUCUGGCUCCCGACCGCGCUCAUCAACCUUACUAUAUCGCUAGCCAAAUGUAUUCGAAGCUAUCACCAUCUCCGUCGCUAUUAUUCCGUCGCAAUCGUUGUCAAUGUCAUUGUCGAUAUCAAUAUCAAUAUCAUUAUCAUUAUCUCUAUUGCUAUAGAACUCCCCCUAAUACUAAGUACUUUUACUUCACUUCUUCGCAACUACCGAUGUAAUAUGUCUCGUGAAGUUUUUGCGCGGUUAGUAGAGGUACCUAUGGCUGCACAUCCCAAAAAGAAGUGGGUUUAG